CUCUCGCCGACUCGCCGUUACGGAACGGCACAGUAUUCAGCCGACCGACCGCCUGUCGCCAACCGCCUAACGCCGCCAACGUUCGCCGCUCCGCCAAUUUGUUUCACACCGACGCCGAACGAGAGAGAUCGCCCGUCAACGCAAACGGUCUUCGAGAACAUUUUCGCACAGUUCCCGUGGUGUACCGCAACGACGUACCGUUUUUCAGAGGAUAUAUUAUUAUUCUCCGCAAGUCUCCCACUCCCCGCGCGUCAAACGUUCACCGAUUUGCGUCGCAAUUUGCAUGCACAUCUGGUGAGCCCUGAAUUACUGGCUCCUGUAAAAGGGAGGUAUUGCUGUUGUGAAUCAAAACCACCAUUACUUUUGUAAGCACCAAAGCGAACUCAAAAACCAAGCCAUCAUGUUCUACUGCAUCCAAAACUGCGUUAUCUUCAUGUCUUGCCGAGAAAACCGGCACCCCAAACGUGAACGCUCAAUUGCUCCAGCCAUUAACACAUCAAACGGUCUUGGAGACCAGUUCAAGUUCACAAAUGUACGAUGCACCCACCAGAAUGGAGGGCUUAGUGGAUGAAUUUUUAAAUAUGUGUGCAAACGGAAAAAACAAAUGCGAUAGACAAGCACCCGGGAUUAUAAACUCAAGUAACAGCACUAAUGACAUAACUAUGUACAGAGAAGACGAGCCGUAUUUAGACAUGUUUCAAAUGGACGCGCCCGCUUUGUUGGCGCCAUUCUCAACACCUCAAAAUGUUUUCACAAUCGAUGACGAAUUUCAAAAGAUAAACAAACCAGAGAUAGAACUAAUUAUACCUCUAGAAGAUACAGCUUUUAAACAGCCCAUAUCUAUGAGAAAAAAUUCCACCCUCAGAUUAGAUGUUGGGCUACAACAAGUUCAGUCAACUAGUUAUGGUGACAUUUUAAACACACCAGAAGUUGUAAAAACGCUGACUGAACAAGAAUCUGCUUUUAAUCUUUUAGCUUAUGUCUUUGAUGAAAAAAAAACUGACAAUUUGGCUGAAGUACCUACACCCAAAGAUGUAACUGUAUCACCAACCUUACAGUGGUCUCGAAAACGACGUAGUAGUAAUUCAUCAGCUUCAAUACAAACAGACGAUGAUGACUAUCCUAAGCACAGAAAGCCUAAUGAAGAUUAUCAUUCAUCCGACGAUAAGUAUAGACAACUGAGGGACCGUAAUAACGAAGCAUCUCGAAAGUCUAGGGCCACUAGAAAAGCCAGAGAAAAUGAGCUAAAUGGCAGCGCUAGUCAAUUGGAAGCCACCAACAGAAGAUUGACUAUCAAAGCUGAAGAACUGGAGAAAAUGGUCAACGAUAUGAGACAAGCUUUAUUAAAAAUGAUGACAAAGAAAAAUAAAUAAUAUUUAUAAAAAAUUUCACCCACUAACCUCUUCUAAUUAUGCUGAAAAAUUAAUCUCAGGCUCGCAAUAGGUAUUUAUUUUACAUAUUAUAAUCUGUGUGCUUAUUUUGUAAACAUCUCA